UUUAAAGGUGUUUACAGGAGCUACAUUGGAUUAAUCGUUUGGUCUGAUGCGUCCAUCUGACUAAAAUAACUUUGUCUGUUCCGUUAUAAACUGUGCACCUAUGAAGAAACUUCUGUGCGGAGUUUACCAGCCCUAAAGCAAUCUGCAGAAAGUUUCUUUAUUGCUUUUUUUUUUUUGCAAGGUAUCUGCAGUUACAGCAUGCCAGCCCCACCUCCUCCCCCACCGCCGCCGCCAGGCCCCCCUCCACCACCUCCGCCCUCCGCUUCCCUGCCACAGUCUCCUUCAGAGCCUCCUCAGCUCCAGCCUGGCAGAGGAGGUGGAAGGAAUGCCCUAUUGGCCGACAUCCAGAAAGGCGCCAAACUCAGGAAGGUCACGCAGGUCAAUGACCGUAGUGCCCCUGCAGUUGAUACAGAGCCUAAGCCUAACAAUGGAGAUGCUGCUGCUACUCAUAGUUCAUCAGCUGGGAUGGCUCCCACAGGACCCUGCUUAGGUGCACUCUUUUCAGGAGGGUUUCCCACCCUGAGGCCUAUAGGUCAUAGAGACUUAGCAGGCAAGACACCAGUGUCCCGGUCGAGCUCUGCUGCCUCUUUGAGGCCACAGUGGAAUCCUCCUACUCCAACCGACUCCAGCAGCCUUCCAGAGUCUCACAAGGCGGCAGAGAUACAUACUUCCUCCCAGCGUCUCCUCACUCCUUCUUCUGCUCCUCCCUGCCCGUCUCACAGCAGCAAACACCCGCCACCUUUCCUUGCGUCCGCGCCCCCAACGCCUCCACCAGCCCCUCCCUCCGUUCCUCCCCCACCUCCUCCGCCCCAGGCCCUCCAGGAGCGACCUGCCAGCAAACCGCCGUCUCUUCCCUCCUGCCCUCCUCCUCCUCCCCCUCCAUCCCAGAUCACUAGACCCACCUGGCUACCUGUUCAGCAUUCUCACCACUCAUAUGUGGCCCAUCCUUCUGCACCCCCUCCCCCGCCUCCUUCCUCCAUCCCAGGGGACCGCUCCUCAGGUUGCUUCUUCUACUCUCCACCUCCCGUCGCUGCCUGCUCAGAACCAUCUAGGUUCCCUAUUCUGCGUGACAGCCCCCUCGGACCUCCUCCUCCACCACCGCCUCCUCCACUUUUACCUACAUCUUUAACCCCAAGCUGCCCAACCAACCUUCCACCACCUCCACCCAAAUUGGCCCCUGUGCCCUCACCAGCCAUGCGCUCCCUGCCUCCUUCCUUCCCUUGCAACGUUCCCACUCGGCGGCCACCAUCUGUGCCAAGAAGUUUAGGUGUGGAUCGGCUGCUGGCUCCUCCUCCAGCUCCUCCGGCGCGUUCCCCCACCACAGAGCUGUCCACCCGCAUUCUCCCCCCUCCACCACCUCCCCCUCCACCCCCAUUCAUCCUCAGGAAUGGACACCUCCACAGUAUGGUUGAAGACUUUGAAUCCAAGUUCCAGUUCCACCCGAUAGAAGACCUCCCCCCACCCGAAGAAUUCAAGCCUUUUCCUCGGAUCUACCCAAGUAAAGAACACAGAGUGAACCCCAAACCACCUGGGAUCAGGACACACCUUAGAUGAGUCAUAGAUCCUCAAGUUUCCUUCGUGCUCCUAAGAUGCUCCUCCUCGGUUGUCCGACAGCUCCAGAUCCUCACAAAACAGCCAAAGAGACUCAGUUAUGAUCAGUAUGUUUUCAAAUACUCCAUGAUUGUAUGAGGGAGUCAAAUAGGGUCGGGCCUUAUACUGACUGUGUGACCUCUGACCUUUUGGCAGCGGAAUGUUUUCAAUGUGUGUGAGAAGGAGGGCUCAACCAUCUACAUGCAGUCUCUACACAUAAAGUCCAGGGACAGUCCCCCCCCCUUUUUCUUUUUUUAUAAAUUCUUACAUUAUUGGAAGAAUGAAACUAAAAUAUUUUUGUCUUUACCUCAUCUGUACUUUGUUUACUACAUUUAAAGGCGCAACUUUUUAAAGACACCUAAAUAAGUCUUUGCUGCAUUUAUGUAGAAUUUAUCAUGAAUUUGGUUAAACUUUUUAGUGUUUUACUGGAAAAAAAUGGCACAUUUUAGUGGUUGUGCUGCAUUAUGGGAUUGAAGAAUAAACAUAUUUUAUGAAUACUUAAUUUUAGUGCUGGCAAUCCUCAACCUGCUUAUUUAGCAAUCUUUUUUUUUUUUACUGAAGUGGUUUUCCUUUUGUUGUCAUGUAACUUUUCAUUUCUAGAAAAAAGUUUAUGACAGACAUGUGGGGAAAGGGAUAAAUGGUGGGUUUGAUGUUCAUAUUUUGUCAGCAAAUAAUGAGUUCUGCUGUUUUUCUCGCUAUAAGCCGCUCACCCAAUGUUUAACCCUUGAGAAGACAGCGCCACCUGUUGGUUAAAUGUGAAAGUAUCAGCAAACUGAAGUUGGCACAAAUAAUUUUAUUGAUUUGAUGCUUUCUGCUAUCAAAGGCUGAUGUCAAGGAGUGAAAGAAAAAGUAUUGGAAAUGUAUAAAAAUCUACAGAAUUUUAUAUACAGUCUGUUGUUAAACCAUGUCGACAGGUUCAAACAGUUAUAUUAAAUACCUGGCUUUGAUAAAGGUGUUAUGGCUCUUUACUA